GAGGAAAAUAUUUAUAAUAAACAGUGGCGCUGAUGUUUUGUCUCGACUUCAAAGACAUUUUUAUACACUGAAUUACUGUGUGUGGGUGAGGUUUGAAAUCUAAAAUGCUGUCAAGUACUAAUGAAGCAAGUAUGAUUUUUACUGACUGAUGGAGAUGUUGAAUGCAGUUGCUUCAAAUUGAAGAACCGAUCACUCGAGGGGUAUUGCUGUACUUUGAGCUUCGAGAUGGCAGGCAACUUCUGGCAGAGUUCACAUUGUACGCAGUGGAUACUAGACCCCCAGAUCUUAAUGAGAGACAGACAGAAAGACUUGGAGGUCCUCACUGAAGAGACUUACCAGCGCGUCAUGAUCUUCUACUGCAACAUUAUGCAGGCAAUUGGAGAGCAGCUGAAAGUCAGACAGCAGGUUAUUGCUACAGGAAUGGUGUAUUUCAAACGCUUCUAUGCCAAACAUCCUCUGAAUAGCAUUGACCCUUUACUGGUCGGACCAACAAGUAUAUUUCUGGCAUCAAAAGUUGAGGAGUUUGGUGUUAUAACAAGCAGUAGGCUAAUCAAUGCAUGCCAGUCAGUAGUGAAGAAUAAGUUUGGCUAUGCUUUCCAGAACCAGGAGUUCCCAUUCAGAAUGGCGCAGGUGCUGGAGUGUGAAUUUUUCUUACUUGAAAUAAUGGACUGUUGUCUGAUUGUGUUCCAUCCAUACCGGCCACUCAUGCAGUAUGUAGCUGACCUAGGCCAGGAAGAAAUAUUGCUGCCUCUUGCCUGGCGUAUCGUCAACGACAGUCUGAGAACAGACGUGUGCCUCCUGUAUCCACCAUACCUUAUUGCUCUAGCUUGUUUGCACAUGGCCUGUGUGAUCUCUCAGAAGGACACCAAACAUUGGUUUGCUGAGUUGAACGUGGAUCUGGACAAGGUUCUGGAGAUAACUCAACAAAUCCUGAAGUUGUACGAACUCUGGAAGAGCUACGACGAGAAGAAAGAAAUGCCAGCUCUACUAAGCACUGUACCCAAAGCUGUGCUCCAGCCCCCUCCCUCACAAAGGUUUCACGAUUUGACUCGACCGACCCCACAGAGCGCAACGCAAUGAGCAGCAAAAAUUUCACAGUGAGUCAUCACAAGGCGGUGAUGGGAAUGUUUGAGAGCAGAGAAUGGCAGGUUUUCCGUUCGAGGAGAGAAAACUGAAAAUGGUCUCGACUGCAUCUUCACCUAUUAUGAAAUGGAUCUUGCAUUGAUGGUGUGCUAGACAGUGUACAUGGUGUUCUGAUUACACCAAAGGAAGAGGGAGGGCACAAAUUGUUUGAUGAUAAAGUAAACUUGGAUUGCUGUUUGCGUUGACGUCUUUGUAACCGCGAAAAACAUUGAGAACAAGCUCUUGAACAACAUGGUUCGAUUCGGCAUGCACUCGGGGACACAACCGGUAAGAGAAUGUUGAACACAUGGACUUGUUAUGCGUACUUUGCAUGGAGUUUCCAGUUUAUCGCAGGAUCUUGUUUUUGAAAAUCGUCAGUUCUAAACAACCUAGAGCAAGUUCGAGUAUGCACAACUAAAAGGUUGACCAUUUUCACUCGAACCCAGGCUGGUCGACCAUUGGUUGACUACUGUGGUCGACCAUUUGGAACCAGCCUCGAGCCCAUGGUUAUUUCACUGGCCCCAACAGCAUGAUCUAUUCUAACAUGUGUAAAGCGCAGAAGGGAACCAGUGACACUAUAGCGAAAAGGCGGAAGGUUGACUAGACUUCCA